ACAGACCAAGCGAACCCCAGGCUCUCACCCCAGACCCAGCUGCCAACAGGACCCAGCACUGCUCCCUGAGACAAUGACCAUGUUCGAAAGCGUCACCCGGGCCCUGGCCAGACAGCUAAACCCUCGAGGGGACCUGACACCCCUCGACAGCCUCAUUGACUUCAAGCGUUUCCAUCCCUUCUGCCUGGUGCUGAGGAAGAGGAAGAGCACGCUGUUCUGGGGGGCCCGCUAUGUGCGCACUGACUACACCCUCCUGGACGUGCUUGAGCCUGGAAGUUCACCUUCAGAUCCAACAGACACUGGGAACUUUGGCUUUAAGAAUAUGCUGGACGCCCGAGUGGAGGGAGAGGUGGAUGUGCCGAAGACAGUGAAGGUGAAGGGGACUGCAGGGCUCUCCCAGAACAGCACCCUGGAGGUCCAGACGCUCAGCGUGGCUCCCAAGGCCCUGGAGACCUUGCACGAGGAGAGGAAGCUGGCAGCAGAUCACCCUUUCCUGAAGGAAAUGCGAGAUCGAGGAGAGAACUUGUACGUGGUGAUGGAGGUGGUGGAGACCGUGCAGGAGGUCACUCUGGAGAGAGCUGGCAAGGCUGAUGGCUGCUUCUCCCUGCCCUUCUUCGCUCCACUGGGGCUACAGGGAUCCGUAAACCACAAGGAGGCUGUAACCAUCCCCAAGGGCUGCGUCCUGGCCUUUCGAGUCAGACAGCUGAUGGUCAAAGGCAAAGACGAGUGGGACAUUCCACAUAUCUACAAUGACAACAUGCAAACCUUCCCUCCUGGAGAAAAGCCAGGAGAGGAGAAGUUCAUCCUUUUCCAGGCAUCUGAUGUUGGGGAAGUACAUGAGGACUUCCAGACACUAAAAGAAGAGGUUCAAAGAGAGACUCAAGAAGUGGCAAAGCUGAGCCAAGUAGGGCAAAGUUCCCUGCUCAGCUCCCUCAGCAAACUUCUAGGCAAGAAACAGGAGCUACAAGACCUUGAGCUCGCGCUUGAAGGAGCUCUAGACAAGGGACAUGAAGUGACCCUGGAGGCACUCCCAAAAGAUGUCCUACUAUCAAAGGAGGCUAUGGGUGCCAUCCUGUAUUUCCUCGGAGCCCUAACAGAGCUAAGUGAAGCCCAGCAGAAGCUGCUGAUAAAAUCCAUGGAGAAAAAGAUCCUACCGGUGCAGCUAAAGCUGGUGGAGAGCACAAUGGAACAGAAUUUCCUCCAGGAUAAAGAGGGUGUUUUCCCCCUGCGACCCGAGCUGCUCUCCUCCCUUGGAGAAGAGGAACUGACCUUCACGGAGGCCCUAGUGGGGCUGAGUGGCCUGGAAGUGCAAAGAUCAGGACCCCAAUACAUGUGGGACCCAGACACCCUCCCCCGCCUCUGUGCCCUCUACGCUGGCCUCUCCCUCCUCCAGCUACUGACCAAGGCCUCCUAACCUGCCUUUUCCAUCUGCUUCCUGCUUCCCUAAUGACUUCCCAAUCUCAUUGUACACCCAAGGGCAUUUCACAGCCACCAGGCUAAGGAUAACUGAAAUCCUAUCUGAAAUGCAGUCACCCACAAUAACCAAUUCCCACCUGUCCAACCAUGUAUCUCUCCCUGCCCCUCGCU